CAGUCAAUAGCAUUGUGAAGCCUCCAACUUCUGGCUACUGUACGCUGAAACUCCUCGUCACUAACGUUGUUUUCGUAGGCACAUUGCCCCUGCUUUUACAUACGUUAAGAAUAAUUUUUAUUUUAAUUUUUUUACGUGACAUUUAUAUAAUCAAAAAAAGUGAUUGAAACACCGUAGCGACUUUGUCCGCAAGUUGUUUCAGAGUUAUUGUACAACUGCACGCAACACUAGUUGCAAAUAGGCAAUAAUCUCAGGCAGCAUAGAAACAAUUCCUUAUUAUGGGCUUGCACGUUUUCUGGCCUGCCACGGCCUGCCUGACUCUCUUCGUAGUUUGCAUUAUAAUCGUGAUGCUGAGAUACGGCGCACGUCUCUGCAAAUUACGACACGAGCCGUUGCCAUCCGACCAAGAAUGGCAGGGCAAAGCGUAUUCCAGAAAGCUAUCCGUUUCCAGUGCAUGAGAACAGAUAGCACUGUCCCAAAAAUAUUGUAUCCAUAGUUCGUACAUUUUUUCUCAUUCCAAAAUGUAUAAACGAAACUGCCGAUUAGUAUUUUUGCUAACAUAAGUCGAACGUAAGUAAUAUUCAGAACCAUUUAUAACUGCUCUUUUUGGGACACAUCUCGUAUAUUGAUGCAGUAUUGCAUAGACACAAAUACUGAUCGUGUAAGUUGAAAGAUCUGAUAUUCCGUCCAUUUACUAUAUAUUUCGUAUUAAUAUAUUUUUUAUUAACACACGUGCGUAAUUCUUUUUUAAUUAAUGCAAUUUAUAGGAGUUUUUAUAAAAUUGAAUUUACAAAAAGUUUUUAUAAAAUGGAACUAAUUUAUAACAAAGUAUCAUUGAAAGAAAAUUUUGUCCGUCCAUUUUUGAUAUUAUUAAAUAUACUCUUGUUCGAAGUAAUUUUCUAUGAUAUCGAUAAAUCGAGCACUUUUGUAAUUUUUGUAUCGAUACGUUUUACGAAUAAAAUAUAUGUUAUAUGAAAA